UCAGGUGUUCUUUGAUGUGAAGAUUGGAGACAAAGAUGUUGGCAGAAUUGUAAUUGGAUUGUUUGGAAAAGUUGUCCCAAAGACUGUGGAGAACUUCAUUGUGCUGGCAACUGGAGAAAGAGGAUAUGGAUACAAAGGAAGUAAAUUUCAUCGUGUGAUCAAAGACUUCAUGAUACAAGGAGGAGACUUUACAGCUGGAGAUGGAUCAGGAGGAAGAAGCAUCUAUGGAGAAAAGUUCCCAGAUGAGAACUUCAAGCUGAAACACUAUGGAAUUGGAUGGGUUAGCAUGGCUAAUUCGGGCCCAGACACAAACGGAUCCCAGUUCUUCAUCAGUGUGACAAAGCCUUCCUGGUUAGAUGGAAAACAUGUAGUAUUUGGCAAAGUCCUUGAUGGAAUGUCUGUGGUGCACUCGAUAGAACUCCAGCAGACAGAUGAACACGACCGGCCUCUUCAAGACUGUGUGAUUGUGAACAGUGGCAAAAUAGCUGUAAAAGAACCAUUUGUAGUUGAUGUAGGUGACUGGUGAGACUAACAGUCAGAUGGGAAGUAAAACUUAAUAACUUUUCUUUAAGGCCUGGUUUUGACCAAUCUUGACUAUCCCUCGGGUUUCUUCUCAAAACAUGUAAGGCUAUAUUUAGACAAUACUUAUCAUUUGCCAAAUACAGAAAAGAUACAACAAUUUCUAUAACAACUUAGUGGAGCUGUCACUCCUUGAAAUUCAAGACAUAGCCCCCUAAAUCCUAGAUCUUGCAAAAAAAGUCUUUCAUGAAAAAUUUUAGAAGUAGUACUAUUUUUUUCAAGGUUUGAAAUUCAGUCAUUUUGUUCUCUUUGAAUUUUUUGCAAUAUUUCUUUCCAUCUUUUCAACUGAAAAUACUAUUUUCUGUAACAGUAACAGCAUUUUUAAAAAUGAAAAAAAAAGCAAUAUACAGAAGUGUUUUGAAUAAAUAAACUU